UUUUCAACGUCUGGUCACUCUGAACGAAUGCAAAAACAAACUGUAGUAAUUUUUUAAUACCAUUUUUCCCCCUUGGCGCGUAUUUGCUGAAAAGAAAUGAAUGGAACGCGGAAAAUCAAGUCGAUGAAGACAAUUCGCCUCGGCGACGUGCUGUACGACGAUCAAAAACGCCUCCUAACGCUGUGCCGCAGCUGCGAGUGCCACUUUAUGACGCUCCAAUCGUUCCAGAGCCACCUAACCGAAUGCUCCGGACUAAAACAUAUAGUAGCGCCGAACGAACCGCUCGCAUAUGAUGACGCCAGGCGGGAAACGAGGGUGGUGAAUGGCAGACAGGAGCUCCACAUCUACGACCUGGAGGCGGUUAAGAAUACGAGCGGCACCAGCAGCGCCAUCGACUGGGAGGCAGAGCUGGAGGACCCACGCUGGUACAGCGAUCCCAAGCCCACUAUACAACCCACAGCAAAGACCAAUACCAAAGAAAACAUAGUAAAGGAAUACCUAGUGCAGCUCACCGAGUCGUCUGACGAACCGGAAGAGGUGCCAGCAAAACGCCAGCGUAGCCUUAGCACCUCCCGCCGUCCCAUUCUGACCACCCAGCAGCAGCGUAGAUCUCGUGCCAGUCUUCCUUCACCCCAACCGCCCACGGCGAAGACGAAAAAGGACACCAUCCUGGUGCCCAAUGUGCUGGAGGAUCUGAAGCGGCUGCAGGAGACGGAGAAAAAAGAGAGGAUUCCAGUGGUACAACCAUCUGCCAAUAGUACCUCUCCUGUACGUCAUGUGAAGCCAUUGCAAUCAGGUGUCCCCAGGCCUACGCAGUCAACUUCUCAAUGCGUAUCCAAGAAACUUUCUCCUACAUCGAAGCCUGAUAUACCAGCAUCUUCAAGAACAUCUAAAGUGCCAGCACCGCCAAAGAUAUCUGAGAAACCUUCUCCACCUAUAACAACCAAUGCGACUGCUCCAUCUGAAAGCCAAUCCAUGGAUGGCACCCAGAAAAUCCUAAACAAACUCAGAGCCUGCGGUGUGCAGGUAAAACGAGGAAGUACCCAUUUAAAUGCGACUCCCACGAAUGAGCUAAAUCCAAACAAAAAUCAAGAGACCUUGGACAUUAUGCGAAAACUGCAAUCCAAGGGUAUCAGAUGCACCAAAGUCAAAAAAUCGUAGUUAUGAUUGCCGUAGUUUAAAGAUUGUAAUAUUAAAUGUGCCUCUGAAGGCGAGGAAUUAGCAAUAUAA